AUGGACUCGUUAAAGUUGCCACAAACUGCUGCUCAAGCUAAAGUGUUUACAGCACCAAAUUCCAUAUUAUUUCCCAAAGGUAUAGAUGCAGAAACUGAAGAAAAUGACAGCAAAGACUUUGUUGCCAAUGGCGCCAAUGGCGCCAAUGCCACGGUGAAGAAGGAGAAAAGUGCCGACAUCAUUGACUCAAAACAGCAACAGCAGCAGCAAGAAGAUGACGGUGCCACGUCUGGAAUAGUUCCCACGCUACAAAAUAUAGUCGCCACCGUGAAUCUAGAUUGUCGGUUAGAUUUGAAAACCAUUGCCUUGCAUGCACGUAACGCCGAAUACAAUCCAAAGCGUUUUGCCGCCGUCAUUAUGAGAAUCAGAGAUCCUAAAACCACAGCCUUGAUUUUUGCAAGUGGUAAAAUGGUUGUUACUGGUGCCAAAUCCGAAGACGAUUCGAAAUUGGCAUCGAGGAAAUAUGCGAGAAUCAUACAAAAGUUGGGAUUCAAUGCCAAAUUCACUGAUUUCAAAAUUCAAAAUAUCGUUGGGUCAUGUGAUGUCAAGUUUCCUAUUCGGUUGGAAGGAUUGGCUUUUUCACAUGGUACUUUCUCUUCCUAUGAGCCUGAAUUGUUUCCUGGUUUGAUUUAUAGAAUGGUUAAGCCCAAGAUUGUGCUUUUGAUUUUUGUUUCGGGAAAGAUUGUAUUGACUGGUGCCAAACAGAGAGAAGAGAUUUAUGCUGCUUUCGAGGCUAUAUAUCCGGUAUUGAGUGAAUUCAGGAAAUCAUGA